CGCGGAGAUGCCGAGCGCCGCCAGCCGCGGGCAGGGCCACGACCGCCGCCCGGAGAACGAGGACUCGUCGGCGGCUGAUGAUUAUGCUAAGGAAAGAUAUGGAGUGUCAUCAAUGAUACAAUCCCAAGAGAAACCAGAUAGAGUUUUGGUUCGCAUUAAAGACCUGACGUUGGAGAAGGCUGAUCAAGAGGUUUGGGUUCGUGGCAGAAUUCACACAAGCAGAGCCAAAGGGAAGCAGUGCUUCUUGGUCCUACGUCAGCAGCAGUUCAACAUCCAGGCUCUGGUGGCUGUGGGACAGCAUGCGAGCAAGCAGAUGGUAAAGUUUGCUGCCAACAUCACCAAGGAGAGCAUUGUGGAUGUGGAAGGUGUUGUGAGGAAAGCGUUUCAGAAAGUUGGAGGAUGUACUCAGCAAGAUGUUGAGCUUCACGUUCAAAGGAUCUACGUGAUCAGCGCUGCCGAGCCCCGCCUGCCCCUGCAGCUGGAUGAUGCUGUGCGACCAGAGCUGGAGGGGGACGAGGAUGGAAGAGCUACUGUAAACCAGGAUACAAGACUGGACAACAGAAUCAUUGAUCUGAGGACCUCCACUAGCCAGGCAAUCUUCUGCCUUCAGUCUGGUGUUUGUCAGCUUUUCCGAGAGACUCUUAUUCGCAAGGGAUUUGUGGAAAUCCAGACUCCCAAAAUCAUUUCAGCUGCCAGUGAAGGAGGAGCCAAUGUGUUCACUGUGUCCUACUUCAAAACCAGUGCCUACCUGGCUCAGUCCCCGCAGCUGUACAAGCAGAUGUGUAUAUGUGCUGACUUCGACAAGGUGUUCUGCGUGGGGCCGGUGUUCCGAGCUGAGGACUCCAACACACACAGACACCUGACUGAGUUUGUUGGCCUGGAUAUUGAAAUGGCCUUUAACUAUCACUAUCAUGAGGUGGUGGAUGAGAUUGCAGAUACCUUGGUGCAGAUAUUCAAGGGGCUUCAGGAAAGAUUCCAGACUGAAAUCCAGACAGUGGGCAAACAGUUCCCGUGUGAGCCAUUCAAGUUCUUGGAGCCCACCCUGAGGCUGGAAUACCAGGAAGGGGUUGCCAUGCUGCGGGAGGCUGGAGUUGAGAUGGGGGAUGAGGAGGAUCUCAGCACUCCUAAUGAAAAGCUCCUGGGACGCCUGGUAAAGGAAAAGUACGACACAGACUUCUACAUUUUGGACAAAUACCCUCUUGCUGUGAGGCCUUUUUAUACAAUGCCAGAUCCAGCCAACCCUAAAAGCUCGAACUCUUACGAUAUGUUCAUGAGAGGGGAGGAGAUCCUGUCUGGAGCUCAGAGAAUUCACGACCCUCAGCUGCUGACAGAGAGAGCCAAACAUCAUGGCAUUGAUUUGGAGAAGAUAAAGGCUUACAUUGAUUCCUUCCGGUUUGGUGCCCCUCCACACGCAGGAGGUGGAAUAGGGCUGGAAAGAGUGACCAUGUUGUUCCUGGGGCUGCACAAUGUCCGUCAGACCUCCAUGUUCCCACGGGAUCCCAAGCGACUGACACCCUGACAGGAGCUGCUGCUCGACGUAGGAGAAGAUCUGCCCUGCAGACAGAGCUGAUUGCAAGGAUAUCCCCUGCUCCUCAUGAACCUGUACUGAUUUGAGCAUUAUGAUAUGCAAUUAAAAACAAAUUCUCCUUUAUAAAGUGCCACAUUUUUUUUAUCCGUAGUUGUUUAUUUGAAGAAAAAUAUUUUAACAGAUCAGGACUCUUUGUAUUGGCAACCGUGCACAUUUUUAAUUGAAAUGUGAUACUUUGAGUUAGUAUUCUGGUGUCACAUUAAAUUGUAUCAUUUUUCUAAACAUUUUAAUAAAUUAUGCAAUAACCAUUUUGCAUUUUUAACUUAUGUCAGCAAGAUUGAAUACUCUGAAGUACGGGCUCAAAGAUAAAGAGACUGGAUUCUUGCAAUUUAAAAAUCAGGAGGAGACCAGCCAGCUGUUAACUUACAGGAGUGUCAGGUAGGAAGCAGGUGAGAAGAACAUUCUUAACAAGAAGCCUUCGUUUGAGAUUGUGAAAAUAGGUUGAAAUAAAUCUCUCAAAGUAAAUUCGAUGCAAA